AUGGAUUCCCAGUGGGAGGACCUGAGCCUCCCUGGUGUGUGGGUCUCACUGUACUUUGGAUUCCUGGGACUGUGCUCUGUGGUAACCGGCGGCUGCAUUCUCUUUCUGCACUGGAGGAAGAACUUGCAGCGGAAAGAGCGUGCCCAGGAGUGGGUGGAGGUGAUGAGAGCCGGUGCGUUCACCUACAGCCCGCUGUUGUACUGGAUUAACAAGAGACAGCAAUACGGCAUGAAUGCAGCCAUCAACACAGGCCCUCCCCCUGCUGUCAUCAAGACUGAGACCGAGAUCCAGAACGCAGAUCCUCUGUGGGAAUUGGACAUCCCCAAGAGCUGGAGCUAUGCUGCUCAAGACAGCAGCUCCAAGGUGGAGGCCCCUGUGCCCCUGCAACCUGCAUUGCAGGUGGGCCCGCAGCAGCCUCUACCUACCCCAAUGCCGCAGUCCCAGGCUAGCUCCCCAUUCCCAAUUCUCAUCUUCCAGGAGGUGCCCUUUGCCUUCUCUCUGUGUAACCUACCCCCAAUGCUGAACCACUCAGCCUCCUACCCUUUGGCCACCUGUCCUGAAAGGAACGUCCACUUCCCUUCCCUCCCCACACUGGCCCAUGGGGACCACUGCUUCAAUGCCAAGCCUUUUGCUUCAGAAUUGUAG